CUCAAGUCAGUCAUUCUCUCACUUAGCUCAAUAGAAAAAAAAAGAUGGAGAGAGAGGGAAGAAGAGAAGAUGGAGUUUCUUAUUAUCUCUGGAUCCCUUUUAAGUUCAUUCACCAAACUCUCCGAUCUCUCGUACUCAAGCUUUUCGGUCGUUCUCCUUCUCACCAUACAGCUUGUCUGGAGGAGGAAGAAGUUGAAAUUGUGCAAGUGACGUCGAGGGGACUUCCGAGGAAACCACCAAAGAAGCUGCAGCAGAAGCCGAGAGACAGUUCCGGCAAGCCGGGAAGGAUCAACAAGAAGCCUCGCUAAGUAUAAUAAUUUACGGAUAAAUUAUUUACAUUUUCUUCUAAUAAGUGUAAGGAUAUGUUUUAGUGGUAAUUCUUGAAGAUUGUAAGUUCUCCAGAGUCCUAUUUAUUUCAUAAAACAUAAUAAAUAAAUAAAUAAAUAAAACAAUGUGAAUAAACAAAUUGCAUCUAUAA